UUGAAAGGCUUCUCCGCCAUUGUGAAGAACCAACAGGGUCACUGUUUCUACAGAGCUUACAUUUUAUUUAAGUAUUCAGGCGAAAACAGCUGCUGGAUUAAAUUGUAAAUAACUCUUCUCUGAUUAUUAUACAGACCGAACACAGCGGAGGUGCAGUGCGCGGGUGGAUGUUGGGGUUGAGAGCCCUGUUUGGCCUUGGUCUCCUCGUGACUUCACGGGGGGUAUCUGUCCUCGCCCACAGAGUAGCACAUGCACAUGUGUGUGAGAAUACCUACAGAGCGUCCUCGGCUAGACAGGCCUGCACCAUGGCCAACUCCAUCAAAUACUUAGGGCAGGAAGAAGCUCAGCGAAUUGACGAGGAGCUUUUUUCAGAGUACAGCUUCAGUGUGGAUCAGUUAAUGGAACUUGCAGGACUAAGUUGUGCUACCGCCGUUACAAAGGGUUAUCCCUUGCAGUCUCUGAUCAAGAGUCCACCGAGAGUUCUGGUGAUUUGUGGCCCAGGCAAUAAUGGAGGAGAUGGGUUGGUGUGUGCUCGUCAUCUCAAACUGUUUGGCUAUGAGCCUUCUGUUUUAUAUCCAAAGAGGCCAAACAAACAGCUCUUCCAGAAUUUGACCACUCAGUGUGAGAAGAUGGAGAUACCGCUCCUGUCUGGGUUGCCUGAGGCAGAUGAAAUCGAUGAAGUUUAUAAUGUGGUGGUCGACGCCGUCUUUGGCUUCAGCUUUAAGGGUGCAGUGCGAGAGCCCUUUGGAGACAUUUUAUCCACACUAAAAAAGAUCAGCAUUCCAAUCGCUAGUGUGGACAUCCCAUCAGGUUGGGAUGUGGAACUGGGCGGGCGUGAUGGGAUCCAGCCGGACAUGCUGAUCUCGCUCACUGCCCCGAAGAAAGCAGCGGAGCACUUUAAAGGACGCUACCAUUACCUGGGAGGGCGGUUUGUCCCUCCAGCUCUGGAGAAGAAAUACAGCCUGAGGUUGCCUGAGUACCCUGGCACUGAGUGUGUGUACCAGCUCAACUGAGGGGGAGGAGGAGUGUGAAACAUUAAUGUACCUUUAACAGCAUUAAAAAACAUUACUGUAUUGGGUGAACUAGUAGUCUGAGCACUUUUGGAAUUUGAACAGAAGGAUGUUUAAAUGUUAAACAAUAAUUGUUGUGUUGGAAGGAUUGAAAGUUAGUCUGAUGUAUAAAUAUUUUCAAAGGAGAGUUUAUUUUUGAUCGAAUGUAAUUAAAUGUCACAGACUGUUCUGAGCA